CAGCAGCUCACCACAACAACAUCAGAGUCAUGGAGGGCGGCCUCUCACCGACAGAGGAGCGCCUGCUUCAAACCAUCAAGAAACUCAGAGCGCAUAACGAUGAGCUCAUAGCCGAGAAUGAUGCCUUGCACCUCCGUUGCGAGAGGCAGGAAACUACUAUCAAGGACCUCACUGAUGCGUCUUCCAUUCAGCGAUCCGGCCGAGACUCGUCGCACGACUCUUACGCUGUCGUUGCGAGACCUGAUUCUGUCGAGCCGCACUCCGACCACGAGCCAGUGGCGCCAGCGACACCAGACGCGCCCCCUUUCAAGGUGAUGGCCGAAGUCCUCGUACGACAUGACCACCGCCUGACCGAUCUCGAACAACGCCUCAAGGCCCAAGAAGUGGAGACCGAGCAAGCAGAAGUUCGCUUCGCUGCCUCUUGCACUGCGCAAGACUUGCAGCGCCGCGUGCUGUCGCUUGAGGCCAGGCCAAUUUCAGGAGCCAAAGAAGGUUCAGGGAGCAGCAGCAGCGAUCCAGACAGGGAACAGAAGAGAACAAUGAGAGCAGUGGAUCAACUGCGCGAGUUCCAAGACAAGUCCGAAAAGAGAGAAAAGCACUUCCGCGAGAUUGAUAUGGCGGAGACUCGAGAGAGACUGUACCAGCUUUUCAAGAUUCUUAGCCGAAACGAGCAAGAUGGGCAAGUGCGUCGUGCCGGUCCAUUCGAAGGCACCUACGACGACUUCCUGGUACUGCGGGAUCGCGUGGUGCGCCGUCUUGCAGGCCUUGCCGCGUACGACGAGGAGUUCGAGAACGCCACGAAAGCUGUUUUUCGCUGAAGGCCGGCCGUGACUGCG